AGCAAUAGUGACUCAGCUCCAUCGCGUUUGAAAAAGCGAUCGCCUGUACGUAAAAGAGCCUUCGCGAUUUAUGCUCAGCACUAUGCUAAAAUAACGCAAGACACGGUAUCUAUUUAUGUUAGGAUUUAACCUUUUCUCUUGAUCAGGUAACGGGCCUACAGUAAACGUUUACUUUUUUGAAACUAGACUUGGGAUACAGAUUAACUGGGUGUAAAUAUGCCGAUUUUAUAUUGUUGUGUUGCGCGGGGUCACGACAUUCUUGUGGAGGCCUAUACGUCGGACAGCAGUGAGGGAAAUUUUUCUCAAGUUGCCAGCUCAGCGCUUCGUAACUUAUCAACAAACACCGACUAUAAGACUAUAUACAAAGCAGCAGAACAGUAUCUUUUCUUGGUUUAUGUAAGGAAUGGCGUUACAUACCUAUGUGUAAUAGAUAGGGAUUUCAAUAAAGGAACAGCGAACGAGUACCUUCUGGACGUAAUAGAAAAAACUGAAGGAUAUACCAGAGACCAACCCGAUGGACGCUCUGAUUUCACAGAGCAACAAAAAAAUGAAAUUACCAAGGAGAUGAGAAAACAAAAAAUUACCAAACUAGACAAAGUUCAAGGCGAGGUCGAUGAAUUGAAAGACAUCCUGGUACAAAAUCUCGAGAAAAUUUUAAGCAGAGGCGAUAAACUUGAUGUUCUCAUGGAUAAAGCUGAACAACUUGAAAUACAUGCUCAUGCAUUUCAGAAGACGGCAAAGAAAACUGAAGGACGGUUUAAGGAUCGAAAUAGGCGUUAUAAAAUUCUUUUAGGAGUUGUUAUUGCUGUUAUAAUAAUUAUAGUUAUUGUCGUACCCAUCGCAUUGUCCCUUUAAUAACUUCAAAAUUAAAGUUAGAUAUGAGUCUAGAUAGGCCUAAUCCACUGUCAAACAGUGCAUUUUUGGGAGGAUUCGUAAAUUUAAAGAAGACAACAAUGGUGUUGCCGAAUUGACGGAUUGUUGUAGGCCUACUUGUGCGCAUUUUGUGGGUGUAUUUUGUCUAAUAGGCCUAAGAUUUGCAUUAAAAUAAUAAUGCGUUAUAUAACGUUGAUUGUUCGAGGAAAACGGAAGAGAGCGAUUAAAUCAAUAUAUGAGGAUAAGCGUGAUAUGGACACCAGUUCCAUCAGAUCAUGAGUAAUUAAUGCGGAUAUGUUUGAAUAUUCAUUCUUAGCGAUGUACACCUAAAAAAUUUCGAUAAUUUCAAUCGAUGGUCGCCUGUCAAAAAUGGCGCCAAGAUUUUCCCGACGGUGGAGUUUCUGGGAAGGAGGUAUCAGUAAGCGGGGCCAAGGGUCGCCCAGAACUACUAACGAGUCUCAAAAUUAUGUAAAAAAAUAUACUUUUCUCCCUGACAAAUCGUCACUGAAGCGUACUUAAUGAGUGUAAUGUUUCGUCCAAUGAGAUUAGGCAAUUGUGUCGUUUUAAUUUACAUAUUAUAUUAAACUUUGCCGUCCUGAAACACAGCAUAAACAAUCAUAAAAAGGCACUCAUGAGGCACAAAUGAGAGGAAAGACGCGAACUUUCAACGUUGAAAACGAAUUUAUAACAACCGUGUACACGCAGGUACCUCGACGGCAGUUUGCUUUGCGUGUCGGUAUUAUAUCGCUUAUAAUAAAACAGGACAUGCACAUAGCAGAUUAGAUUUUCGAAGAUAUCAAAACUUUAUUAAAAUUGUAGGUGUUGUUUUACAUUGCCGUUGCUAAAACAUUAAAGAUAAAGUGUGUUAAUAUUUAAAAAACAUAAUAAAAUAAAAUUUGUUUCAUUUGUACAUAUAAGUUUUAAGUUACGUUUCAAGAUAUAUAUAUAUAUAUAUAUAUAUAUAUAUAUAUAUAUAUAUAUUAUCACAGAAAUAGCAGCAUUAAUAAAUGUCGAACCAUAGAGAAAGAAAAGAUUUAUUUAUUUCUCUAUUUAAUUAUGCGUUUUAAAUCUGCACAUUAACUUGUUAUUAUAAUGUUUGAUUACUACAAAACGCUUUCUAUAGUUUGGUUUAUUGAGAAUAUUAAAAUAAUUAUUCAUAUAAUGUUUUUCAAAAAAUAUUACAUUUAUUUAUAGUGUAUUCUAUGGGUUUUAGACAAAUUAUUUGUUGAAUAAAACUUCAAUAAACACAUAUGUUUGCAUCUGUGUAUAUGCAUCUUUGCCUAUGUAUAUAUUAUUUGAAUGUAAGCAGAUCAGAUAUAUAAUAUCCUCAUUCCAUUGUGUGGUGCAGGCGACCACUGACCUUUUCCUUUCCUGUCUGCAGCAUUAGUCUAUAAUGUUUUCUGGUGUACGUUAGCCGUUUUUCCUUCAAAAUCAAGUUGGAAAUUAUUUUAAAUUAUUAUUUUUAGGUCUAUUUAUGAAUGGGCCCCUAAUAGCCCUGGCCCCCAAUGCUUUGCAGUGGCUGCACUGCCCGUAGCUACGCCACUGGUGUGGACUCUCACGCACCACUCACCGCCAAAUCCUGCAUCCGCCCCAGAGGGUGCACUGUAUUGGGAGG